CACAGAUGGAAAGUCUAAGGUGAAAAUUCUGCUGUCUCGCUUUCAAUUAUCACAGAGCACUCGAUCCGAAUCGUAGAGUUCCGAUUUCGACAGCAAGUGACGACAGGGAGUUUGGUACUCACAUAGUGCCUCCUGUCCAAUAAUCCCGGUGGUAGAACGGUGAGACAGUUGACGCGACGCGCCGCCCGCUAGAUCUUCGGCCUACAUCCAUCAUUUACGGGCCAGGGAACACUGCAGAUCGAGGAUAGGUGAGCGCAAGAGCAGGCGCAGCAUCGCCGCGAUGCCUCAAUACCCGCCCCCGCCGCCACCCGACCAGCAGCAUUAUCAUCCAAAUCAUCCCAUCUACCCAUCAUCAACCUCCACGCAGCCCGUCAGUCCAUCGCUGCGGCACGACUCCGGUCCGUACGUGGGACCCAAUUCCGCCGAGCACAACGAGGCCUUGACCUUGGCCGAGCAACUGCGGAGUGUCGUGCAACCGGCGCAGCACAGCGAACAUGAUCCUGCCCUCGGCCACGUCGGCAUCCACGGUCCCCCUCAGGUUGUCCCCGCCGCUGGACCAGCUUCGGUCCCCGGCCAGACGCAGGACAGUCAGAAGCAGCACCGCCUGCGAAAAGCUUGUGAUGCAUGUGGAGAACGAAAGGUUCGCUGCUCGGACACCUUGCCAUGUGAGCCAUGCCAGCGGUUAGGGAUCGAGUGUACUUUCGAUCGGCCCAGCAAGCGUCGAGGCCCUCCAAAUCGAGUGGCAGAGAGGAGGAAGCGGACCAAACUCACCGGAGAAGGGGAGCUCGUCGGACAGUCUGGAGCGUCGUCUCCAACCCAGAUGGCUCAUGCGCUCACCGCUCUGAAAUCGCCUUCAACAAUAGGCGUCGAGUCUAUCUGUUCCCGGGAGAUUGUCUCUCGCCUGGUUGACGACUUUUUCACCUAUAUUCACCCUCUCUGUCCUUUCCCGCAUCGACCGACGUUCCGGGCCCAAUUCGAUAGUGGAGAGGACUACCGCAACCCCCCCUUCCUGGCGCUUCUCGCUUCGAUGGUUGCCAUCUUGACCGCAUCGUUCCCUCGAAAAGUGCGGGAAGAGUUGAAUGCCUUUAACCAAGGUGAUCUCUUUCCCACGCACUCGCAUCUGAUUCAACGUUGCUUGGAGGUCUGUUCGGAUUCUCGGGGUUUCAAUUACGUUGACAAGGAAGAUAUCAACGUGAACGAUGCAGCGACAAGCUACUUCAUCGGACUUACCCAUGCAUAUACUUUUCGAUCGGUGCAGACCAUCCUCUCUCUCUCAGAAUGCUUGACCAUCCUGCGGCUCCUUGGGCUCCAUCGUUCGGAGUCCAGGCAGCGGUCAGAUGAUCAGAGUUCCGACGGGGGACGCUCAUCUCCUGAUCUUGUGACUCAGGAAAUCGGAAGGAGGAUAUUCUGGACAGUGUUCGUGAGUAUCAGAACAAUGGACAUCUUCACAAGGGACGGACCAAUUAUCAUCCUUCCUGAGACUCCAACCUUCACUUAUCCGCCCAAGCCAGUGGAGGUGGAUGACGAGUUUCUCCAUCCAGACAAUAUCGAGAACCAGCCUGCCAAUGUAGUCUCCUUUCUCACCGGAUUCAACGCCAAUGUCCGCAUCUACCAGAGCGUCGAUGGGAUCUUAGCCGUCGACUACUCAUCGGGCGUCCUUUCAUCCACGCAAGGUCAACUGCGGAAGAAGGCCCUUGAGGCGGGACUACGCAACUGCCACGACGCCAUCAACGAGCUCCCCCCGGAGCUGAAGGUUUGGUCACCGUACAAUCAGCAUGUACCGUUCGGCCUGCCAUUUUGGGAGGCGCCGUCUGGGUAUAGUAGCGCGACCCAAGCAAUCGCCGGCGCAGCUCUCACAGGUACUUCCGGCGGCGAAAUCCUCGACCGACGCAAGAUUCAGUACGAGAUUCAAAAGGCGAACAUCUAUGCCAGUCAGUUAAGUACUCGUGUCUACAUCGUCGACCGAUACUCGGGAAUGGCCCAAACCAUCAAUGGCAAAGGAGAUCCUGGCAAGUCCGCUGAAGGAGGCAACGCUCCGCCCAUUAGCAACACCAGCUUCGAGCGAAAUGUCUCUUCACCAGAGGCAGUUAUCAAGAUAUCGGAAGAGGAUAUGACCCAAGAGAGGGAAAGCAUCAUCCAAGGUCUCCUGACUAUGGUGAAAAGUGUCAGCAGAGUCCACAUGGAGCCCAAUUCCAUCAGCUUUAGCAUGAAAGUGCGACAGGUGGCCUCGCUUCUAUUGAAUUCGUCGUCGAAUUCCAAAUCCUUCGCCGCUUUACGCGACCAAACGCUCUUACCGCUUGUCGACCUGAUGUCGCGCCUAGAACGAAUGGGACCCGACAGCGGCGCCUCGGAUGCUUCGAACGGCGAUGAAUCCGACCUUCGGAGGUGGGCCGACAUUCGGGAUUACCAGGCCAAACUAGCUGCGAGGGCCGACGUUGCCAGCAGUUUUGAGUAAGCACGCGAGGCAGGUGCUGCACAAAGCACC